GUAUCCCAAUUCACACAACUAUAAACCCAAAUUCCACACAAGCACACUGCUCUGCCCUAAAGCCGCUGGUUUCCAAAUCAAAGGACGUCGUGAGGAGCCUGGAUCCAACAGAUGACUUACAAUUCGUUCGGCUACGAGGCAAAAACAGCGAAAUAAUACUUGCACCAGAGGGAGAAGACUUUUUGAUUGUCGUUCAGGAGGUCAAUGAUCUGUAG